AUGACUAUUCACGCCAUCUCGAAUGUUGCUAUAUUCAAUGGACGCAACCUCCAUCCUCCUGGCAAUCUCAUUUUCCAAGCCAGCCCGGGAGAUAUCCUCGGCGUCGAGGCGGAAGCAAGAGAUCUCUCGGGUAUCAACGCCAUAGUCGAGGGGUCAGGUUGUACAUUACUCCCGGGCCUCAUUGACUCAAACAUCGAUACUGCCGCGAUUAAUAGGGACCUGCAUAUCUUUGCCUCGUAUGGAAUCACUACAGUUCUCGAUAUGAGCAGCACAGAAACCGAGAUCCAAGCCAUGAGGGCAGAGGCCGCCGCGGAGCCAGGACUGCCUUCAUAUCUGGCGUGCGGGCCCUUAGCGACAGCAGAGAUCGCCCACAGUAACCAGUUUUAUCCGCGGCGUGAGAACAGAAUCGUCCGGUCCCCGGCUGAGGCUGAAAACUUCGUUACCUCUGGAGUCAACGGUCCAAGCAAGGCCGACUACAUUAGAGUGCUCGUCGACCUGCCGGGGAUUGAUAGCGAGGUACUUACCGCCCUUGUACAUGCAGCACAUCGACACGGGAAGCUGGCUGUCGCGCACGCCAUUCAGAAGAUCGGAUAUUCUCGAGCCUUGGAAGCGGGAUUUGAUGUUAUCACCCUGAUACCUAUAGACGGGCUCAUAGAUGCUGACAUGGCCAACAGGCUCGCCGCGCGUGGCACAGCGUGCAUCCCUACCCUUUGUAGGGCACGAGCACUGGUUCAACUGCUCCUCCUAGAAGGAGUAGAGGGUGCGUCGGGCAUCGACUUGAACUUCGACUACGCGUUGGCCAAUGUCAAGAUACUCUAUGACGCCGGCGUACGUAUCUGUGCGGGGACAGAGGCAAACCAGACAUCCAAUGCGCCCGUGUCGAUUGGCGAGAGCCUUCAUGACGAAUUAGAGCUCCUUGUUCGCUCCGGGAUGUCAACCAUUGAUGCACUGAGAGCUGCAACGGUUGUUCCUACGCUGGUUUUUGGUCUGGACGACCGCGGUGUGCUCUCGUCUGGUAGGAGGGCGGACAUGCUGCUAAUUAAAGGGGAUCCGCUACAGGACAUAACAGCCACCAGAAACGUUCGCAAAUGCGAUAUCCGACGCCCAGAGUGUUCACAAUGUGUUCUUUCGGGAAAAGAAUGUUACUUCCCCGCUUCAAGAAAUAGGGCAGGGCAAGAGGAGUUGGCGCAUAAACUGCAAGCAGUUUCUGAAACCGAAUCUUCGCUCCGGAUGAUCCUCGAUCUUUUGCGAGAGGGCCCAGAGACACACUCUGCUCAGCUUCUACGCAAUAUCCAAGCGGCAUCAUCAAUCAAUGACUUUGUCGAGUCUUUUAGCGAUGCCAGUCUAUUGCUAAACCAUGCUUUGCUACCACCAACCUUGUCAAGCUUGCCUGCCGAAAAUCUCCAAGUCCAUUCUCCUUCGAGUGUGGCCAGCCGUUUGCCCAAGACGCAAGAGCCUUUCGCCGUUGCAGACGACAUAGUCGCCAAAUUUCCCCAUGGAAUCUUGCCUCUCUCGCAAUGGACUUCUUUAUCCGUGGAUGACAGGUAUCUGACGCAUCUACUAAAUCUUUUUGCCACCUGGGACAACACACUCAGCAACAUUGUCGUUCGAAGCACCUUUUUGAAGGAUCUCCAAGCGGGGCCUGCUGAGCCAAGGAAGUUUUGUUCAAGCUUUCUUGUCCAUUCUAUUAUCGCAGUCUCUCAUCUUUAUAUCUCUCAAGGAGCAUCACUGCCGCAUACCAAAGAGUUGCGCUCCAAUGGUCGUAUAUUUACUGAUGAAGCACUUCGGAUACUUUCCAAGGAGCGUCAACAUCUAUCAAUAACUCUGGUUCAAGGAUUGGCUCUACUUUGGACUUACGAAGUUAAUUACGGGAACAAGGUACAGGCAGUGGCUCUUCUUGAUGAGUUUUAUUACGUUCACAGUAAUUUAGGACUUAGCGACAUAGAAAUACCUCGAACGGAUGGUGCACAGGCCCCUCAGGAUCCUCGGCUGGCGCCAGAAUGGCAAAUCAUCUCCAGCAUCAUUUGGGCAAUAUUCUGCUUGGAAGCAAAGCUUUCUUUAUCCCUCUCGCGCGCGAUGCGAAUCAAACGGCCACAAAUACUCAGGUCUUUCGAGAGCGCCUAUUUAUCCAUUUUUGCAAGCCACGAUGCACCAGAAAAUUCAUGGUCGCCGUAUCCCGACGACUGUUGGCCUCGGCCAUCAUUGUUUCGGGAAGUCUUCACACUCGAAUGCCAACUCGCUGAAUUGAUCCAAGAAGCUUCUUUGUUCUUUGCACCAAGGGAGCACAAAUCACCUGUUCAAAGUUAUGAUGAGACAAAGGCUAUCUACGAGAAGCUGCUGAGAUGGGGCGCUUGCACUUCACGGGGAUUUCUGACGAAUAAUGGUUUACUGCCGUCGCUUCUAUUUCUCAAUGUCACAUAUGAAAUGGCCCUCCUUAAACUCUUGAGCUGCCUUUGUCGUUUCCAUAUCCAAGAUUGGAUACAUGAAUCAGCAGAGUCGACCCAGGCCUCGUAUGGGGCCUCAUGUGAUGGUAGGCAGCCUACUUGCGCCGCAUGCGACGAACGGUCGGAUGAAUGCGUCUACGAAAGCAAAGAGUCGAGACAAAUAAAAAUCGACAGCAGCGGGCAAGUUCUCGUCGAAGCUAUACAGAUCCUUAAUGCCGUACCACCUCAAGAGGCAGCAAAGCUCUUGGUGACGUUGAGAAACAUCAAGGAUGCGCCUACAAUUCUGGCGUGUCUGCGGGACGCAUUCACCAAGUUAGUGAUACAACCGUCCACGAUAGCAGCUAUCAGUGGCACGGCGCAAAGGCGUGAUAUAGACAUCGAGCUCGAGACUCGACACCCGCUUGUAUAUCCAAUCCUCAUUCCCAUCGAUAUCAGCUCCCCCGAGAGCCCCUUCAGACGGCUGGUUGAGUCUAGCGGCAAUCUUCCUCGUCCGUUUAUCCCGUAUGCUCCCCUCAACUCUCAAGAACCCGAUAUGACGUCAGGUUAUCCUAUCCAGCAAAGGCUUGUGCAGCACAACGGAGUGAUGCCGCAAUUAUCCCCGCCGCAAACGCCUCCACACGAACAGCUGAGCGGCCUCAAAAUAAACCGGUGGACUAAUGUCACAGUCACGGAUGAUUUUGCGUCUCGCAUCAUCUCGCUGUAUCUUACGACGGACCACCCACUCUUAAGCUCCUUCGACUCAAAGCUGUUUACGCAUACUCUCGUGACUAUGGAAGGAGAGUACUGCACCUCGCUCCUUGUCAAUUCUCUUAUGUACUGGGCCUGUCAAAUGUACAGCAGUCUUGAUACAGAGGCGUUAAAUUUGGUAGAUGCCUUUUGCGAAGAGGCUGAGACGCUGUGGAAGUCAGAGCGACCAGCGCCGUCGGCCUUGACCAUGGUUGCUGCCCAGUUCUUGAGCUUUGGUUAUCUAGUCCAAGGAAAAGACCACGCCGUGCUGCAGUACCUGUCUGAAGCUAUAAAGAUAGGAACUCAGCUGGAGCUAUUCGGAGUGAAGCCGAAUGUUGGUGAUGCUCGUUUGGAUAAUUUGACACCAGAGAUGGCGAAAGCCACUGCAUAUUCAGCAUGGGGAGUAUUCAACUGGAUCACGCUCAUGGGCUUAUUCUACCACCAGCCGGGCAUCGAAUAUCUCAAAUCCCCCCCGACCCUUGCCAUACCGGAUGACGGCGACGACGAGAGAGCAGCCGAACAAGACUUGGGAGACAUGCAGUCGGUAUUGCCGCAAUUUAUUGGUCAGACAUUUCGUGCGCUUUGCCAGUUUUGGCGUAUUAUGCACGAGGUGGCUGCUGUGUACUAUGGCGCUGGUUCAGCAGCAAUCCCUGAGCGUGUGCCGCUGCACUUUGCGGAGAACAAGUUUCGGGAACUCUUGGCUUGGGCGGAUGGCCUACCCAUGAACCUGGUUCGCAGCGAGCGGAAUCCACACCACGUGGUGAUACUUCAUCUUUGGUUGCACGCGGCCAUCCUAGAUAUAUUCCGGCCGUUCCUCCAGAAUCCCGGUGCCAAGAUGCUCCGUGUCGCGACCUUCUCUUCUUCAGGUAGCACUCCGGACGCAAUAUUUGCGGCGUCGGUCCAGCAGCUCAAGCGGCUCAUCAUCAUCUACCGUUUCAACUACACGUCCUCGGCUUACACCAUUCUCUGGCAUACAGCCCUGCUUUACGUGGCCAACGCGCUGCUGCGAACAAAGGGAGAAAAUGACUGGCUCUUCUAUUUCCUGCUCUGCUUGUAUGGCUACGAAGGCUUACGACCAUCAUAUCGCGUGGCUGAGGCCGUCGCCGGGGGGCUUUUAUCGAUGGCGAUGCGUAGUGGCGACAUAUCAAGUGACGAGGCGCGGCGGGUCAUGGCACAUCUGCAGGAGAGAGGCCAGGAGCUGGACUCGAGCGAAAUCCGCGCGACGUUCAUGGUCGACUUGGACCUGGCCAUGUCAGACCCUGUUGCGGCGACAGCGGAGACGCUGGCGUAUUCAUUUCACGAUAUUGCCAUGAUGAUGGAUUAUACGACCAUAUAUGAAAAUUAA